AUGGACCACAUGGUGUACUGCAAGCGCUGUGGCGAGUGGCGCACCGACGCACCCAGCCAGGGCGCUGACGCGGCGCUCGGUGGCGGCUCGGCGAGGAGGAGACCCUCGGCCCCCACUCGGUCUUUGUCUCUGCCUGAUCGCCCUGCUGCUGGCGCCGCCGCAGAUCCCAGCCUGUCAGAGGACGAGCUCGAGCACCUCGUGCGCCUCGCAGAGAAGGCUGGAGAUGCACACGUUGCAGGUCGGUACAAGCAGCAGCUCCAGAACAAGAAGGCUGGAGACCCUCCCUUGCAGCAGCGCAUAUCCGACUGCGGCGCCAAGGUCGCUGAGCUCGAGAGUGUUUUGGAUAAGGAAGUGCAGAAGCUCGAACAGUACCAGCAGUGGGCCGCACAGCAGCUCAUCACGGUCACCGAGCUCACCGAAAGGCUGUCUCUGGCGGACGGUGAGUACAAGACCGCGGUCUCUGCUCUGGUGGGUGGGUCGCAGCAGCGGGCGAGUUCCCCCCCUGCGGUCCCUGCACGGUUGUCCAUCAAAGAGGUGGUGGAUGGCACGGGCAACAUCGCCGAUCUCAUUGACGUGGACUCGUACUUCGAUGUGGAGGGCUAUGAGUGCACCGACGACGACCGUAAGCAUAUCAUCGAGAGGCGUGACCAGCUGCGCGAGCAGCUGCAGGAGGUCGCCAAGGAUCUGUUCUCGGGCGCAGUGGAGAAGCUCGAGGCAAUCAAGAAGGACCACGCUGAUCACCUCGCCCGCCUCACCAAGAAGCGCAAGGGCCCUACGGGUGACGGCAUCGCUGCAGGUGGUCCCGCUGGGCCUGGAGGUGCAGCCGCGCAGGUGGCAGGAAGCGGUGGCAAGUCGCAGGCUGCUGCUGCUGACGCCAAGGCCGUGCCAACCGACAAGGACAAGCAGGUGGCCUUCGCCUCGGAGCGCCCGCCCACGCGCAGCCGCCUGAUCGUGGCAGGGGGGCUCGUUCUCAAUGUAAUUCAGGUCAGCUUGGUGGCAACCUCGGCCCGUGGAGAGUGCAUGGGCACGCCCAG